CAUUUCUUCAGUCCAAUUAUCCCCAAUGACAAAAGCUGAACUAUUCACUCUAUGCCAGAGGGGAUAAGGUGAAGAGACAAGUGGUCACACGAUGGGAAACUAAGAAGAGGCAAGAAUAGAUAGAGUCAGUGAUGAGAGGUGGUUGCAUUGGAGAGAAUAACGUUCAAGGAGGAAUCAGAGUUGAAGAUAAGGAGUUUGUAGUAGUGAUGGAGUUGCUUAUGAUGCAAAUGCUUAAAUUAGAUGAGAUUGAAGCCGAGGGAGAGCUUAGAGUGCAGAGGAAAAUGGAAAUUCUGUUACCAUCCUCUCUGUUUUCUCUCUGCUUCUUUUGUGAAAUCAAACAGUCAAAUGAUGUCUUUGAGUUUCUCUUUUCAGGUCUGCCGUGUCCAGAGCUUUGUGGAGUCGUUGGAAAUAAUGAGGGUGAGAAACCAGGACAUGAACUGCAGUGCAACCUCGCAGGGUUUGCCUUUGCCAAGCUCCAACGACUUCAACAAUCAUAACACAACAGUGGGAACUGUUUGAUUGAGGAUAUAUACUACAAAGUUUCUCUGAUACUAUUUCGUAAUUUCAGCAUGAUAAUGCAUGUAAUAAUAUAUUGAUACCCAAAAAACUAUUUCAUUUCAAUCUGUAGAUUGACAUGCCAAGGCUGUU